AUGUCUGGAAUUCGGCCAGCUCCAAGUUCUCCUCACUACAGGGUGGUUUGGUUCCGAGAUACACUGAAAUUAGACACGACAGAACGAAGAAUCAUGGAGGUGAGGGGUAGCAGACAUACGCUGAUCAUAAGGAAGGUGCAAUCGUCUGACUUCGGAAACUAUUCCUGCCUUGCUGAUAAUCAGAUUGGAAAGACGAGACAGUACCUGGAGUUGUCUGGCAAACCGAACCCCGCUGUAUUCAGGAGCCAUGCGGUCGGAAGGUCGAAGGAUUCUUAUAACAUUACCUGGAGUGUGAACAGCUACACCCCCAUUGAGGAAUUUAAACUCUCCUUCAGAAAGGUCCCAACACCAAGCACACCCGGAACAGCGCAACAACCUAGCAAUCAGUCAAAGAGGACAAACAGGAGGGUAAGUCAAAUCAACUGA